UUUUUAUAAGUAUAAGAUCUUAUUUGCAAUUAUUAAUAAAAUAAAAAUGAAAUCAUUUAAGAAAUAUUAUUUUUGGAGUAAAAAAUAGAGUAAUACAUUGGAGUAAAACCUUACUCUAUGUUGGUGUUGCACCAUUUUGGAGUAAAAAAUAGGGUAAUACAUUGGAGAUGCUCUAAGGGGUCGGAUAUAUUUGUGAAUUUACAUAAAUUAUGUGAAAUGAACCGUUCCUUUGUACACAAUACUCGAUACUAGUUGACGGUAGUAUUGUAUUCAUGAAUCCAUAUGAGAGGAAGAUAAUAAAAUAGAAUAGAGUUUCGACUUUAGACUAAUAAAAGAGUGCGGAAUAAGUCAAACUCACUACUAGUUGAGAAAUCAAUAGAACACAAAAGUCAAAGACAGACAGACCGAAGAAGCAACUCAAGUUGUUUCUCUCUUCUUCCCUCCAAUCCAACGAUCUGUGGCCAUAUAAAACUAUUUUAAAAUAUUGACUUAAGGCGCAAGUUAGAGGUGCCUUUGUGGUGGUUGGUCUUUGUUUAUAAUAAUUUCACUAUAUGUGGAAGACAUUUUGGCUUACAUUAUUGAUCUUCUCUGUCUAUGGGGAUUAUUAAUCCGAAGAACUCGGAGAAAUAGAUAGAGAGAGAAAGAAAAAACUGGUAAAAGGGAAACAUUUGGAUUCUUUCUUGUGUAGGGAGAUUGGCCAAGCCCCUGGUAGAUACAAACCUCGAGGUACAUUCACUCAUAAAACAUUAGAGAAACACAGGGAAUCUUGACACUGAGACUCUUGAUCCCCAUCCUGAUAAUAAGUUGAUAUUGACAGUCCAACCAAGUCGAAACGCUAUAUCUUUUCUUAUUGACAACUUGUUCCACAGGACUACAUAUAAAAAGACCGGAGCCUAUUACGUGUCCAUGUACAAGGUUGACUAACUGUUUCAAUUUGGAGAUACAUAUAGAGAAUUGGUCAGAGCACAAGUAAUCUCGACAUCCUCCUCUCUUGUCCAAGUUCUCAGGUAAUUUUUUCUGUAUCUCUCUUCACCUUCACUUGAUCUUCUUCAUUUUCUUAUUUCCUUUUUUUUCCAUUAAGAGUAUCCCCAGCAGUGAUAACAAAUGGUGCUAUGUGGACUAUUCUCUCCUCUCAUGAAUUGCAUCAAACCAAGUUCCAACAAGAACAAUUCCCCGAGGUCCAAAUACUCAUCAGACCUCAAGUACUACACAUCCUCUUGCCAACAAGACUCCGACCUCAAAACCUUUGAUUCCUCCCUUCACAAGCGCACAAAUAGUGUCAUGAAGUUGCUCGCCGAUCAGGCCAAGUCCCAGUCUAUAUCCCAAGGCUCACUCAUGGAGGUCUACGAGUUUAUGCUCGACCUAAACCGAGAUGUAGUAAAGGAGAUCAUCGAAAGCAGAGAAGACGUCAGGAACAACAAAGACCUGACUUCUUUGGUCGAUGUCUACUUCAAAAACACCUCCAAGACUUUAGACUUCUGCAACACCGUCCAGAACUGCGUCAAGAUAGCAGAGAACAGCCGCCUCAUCAUCCGAUACGCGGUGAAGCAGUUCGAGGCAGAAUCCGAGGACGCAAACAAGAACAAGUACGCGAAAACCUUGGAGGAGCUGAAUAAGUUUAAAGCCGUGGGAGAUCCUUUCGACGGAGAGUUCUUGACUCAGUACGACUCGGUGUACGAGGAGCAGGUUCUGCUUCUGGAUGAAUUAGGUAAGCUGAGAGCAAAGCUCGAUAAGAAACAGAGGAAUCUAAAGACGUGGAGGAGACUGUCCAAUGUGGUUUUCAUAACUGCGUUCGUCUCCGUUCUUCUCUUAUCGGUGGCUGCAGCUGCACUGAGCGCACCGAUAGUGUUGACUGCGGUCGCCGCUGGACUGACCCCGUCGAUCGAGGUUGUCGGAAAAUGGAGUAACAAGAUGUGGAAGAAGUACGAAAAGGCUGUCAAGAGACAGAGGGGGUUGGUCUCGACGGUGGAGACGGGGGUGAAAGUUAACAGAAUAGCGACGGAUAGCAUAAAACUGGAAGUUGAAAAUCUGAGAAUAAGGUUGAAAUUUAUUCUGGAGACUGUUGAUUUUGCGGUGGAGAGAGGAGAAGAUGAGGAGGCGACGAGACUUGCGAUGCAAGAAAUCAAGAAGAAAGUAGAAGGGCUUACGGAGAAAAUCAAGGAAGUAGGGCAACAUACGGAUAGGUUCAGCAAAGUCAUUUCUUCGGAGAGACGUCUCGUCCUGCAGCACAUCCUCAGCUUACCCGCCAACUCCCUCUCAUAGAAAGGGUUCUUGCAAAAGAUGUUAUCAUCAAAAGUUGUUGAGCAGGUUUUUCACUUGAAAGGGCUGGUUUAAAUAAUAAACAUAUGUGUAUAUAGUUAUACAUUAAUCUUCUAUCUUGUGCUGAACCAGUAUGUUAACCCUCCAUCAAAAUCUGUAUCUCCCUUCCUUCUAAUGGUUGUCAGCCUAUUCCUCAUAUUCUUCUCAA